AUGAAGCAACCACGGUAUCGAAAGCAAGGAGGCGAUGCAUAUAUGAGAAUUUUCUUAUUUUUCUUUGCCUGGAAGCUCCUGUUGAUAGGUCUUGCUCUCAUCACUCCUUCUCCGGCGUACGACACAUCAACCUCCCUGAUCUUAGGAACGAAUAAAACCGGCUCCAGGUCGACACUCAUUGAGAACCUGUGUGUUAAGCUAACACGAUGGGACGCCAUAUAUUUUGUGAAAGCUGCCGAAAGGGGAUAUGUCAAUGAGCAAGAAUGGGCUUUUGGGUGGGGAUACGUACAAGUCGUCUCUGGGCUCGAGAAAGUUUUGUCGUCUAUCGGAAUUACAUUCAGGUUACAGCCACCAUACCUACAUGCCCUGAGCGGAAUCUUCAUAUCCAACAUUUCGCAUUUACUGUCGACGCUAGUACUGUAUAAGUCAACCUUAUUGGUAUUUGAGACACCGGCCGGGAGCGCAGAGAAGAUGGCGUUCAUUACGGCUUGUCUCCAUGUUGUUUCCCCGGCUGGGCUGUUUCUUUCGGCUCCGUACAGUGAGAGUCUUUUUUCGCUAUUGUCGUUUACAGGGAGCUUUUUAUACAUUUGGUCAGGUAGGGAGCUUGAAGCUGGGAAUAUGUUCCAAAGCAACACUGCUGCCCUAGCAAGUGCUAUCAUAUUUAGCCUUUCGUGCAUGGUCCGUAGCAACGGACUUCUCAACGGGAUACUUUUCCUGCAUGAUUUCAUCCUCCAAAUACAUAGUGUGAUCACCGGAGCAAAUGGAAAAUCAAACACUCUAUUUUCGAGAUUAUUCCGAAUUGGUAUCUUGGGAGCCGGUGGCUUGACUAUUGCCCUGGGGCUUGCAUUGCCUCAGGCGAUUGCUUGGAGAGACUACUGUACAGCGGGGAGUAAUAGACCGUGGUGUUCAAAUAUCCCCCCUAGUAUUUAUUUCUAUGUUCAGGAUUAUUACUGGGAUGUUGGGAUGUUUCGUUACUGGACACUCCCGAAUGUUCCACUAUUCCUGCUAGCGGCCCCGAUGCUAACACUUAUGAUUGUGUCUGGUGUAUGGGGUAUCGGUAUCAAAAAUACAGCCGGUACACAGUCUAUUGAUUUUGACAAAACUCUUCUUCGCAAAUUAGCAUUUCCGCAAUUGCUACUGGCCGUGAUGGCUAUUGUAACAUAUCAUGUUCAGAUCAUAACAAGGAUCAGUAGCGGUUACAUGGUUUGGUACUGGUGGGUUGCGUACAAGAUGUCUGCCGGAAGAGCAGCGGAAGAGGUUAAGGGAAAGGACUGGACAAAGUUUGUCGUGAGGUACAUGGUGCUUUAUGGGAUUAUCCAGGGUGUUUUAUUUGCAGGAUUCUUACCCCCGGCGUGA